AUGAAGUUACAAAGAGAUUAUUGUAAUCUUGAACAUACCUUUCAAUUUGACUUUGAAAACGUUAGCUUGGUUAAUUUAAUUAAUAUUCACGAUGUAAAAGCAUUAAGAAUCUACCUAAUUUUGGUUGAAUUAUAUUUAAACAUGAGAAUUGAUACAUUCAGAAAUAAAGACGCGCUUAGCGACAGGUUGCCUGACAAUUUAAUCUCAGGAUAA